AUGCCAGAUGCUGGAAAAGGAAACUUAUAUACCCAUUUACUCAGCAAAUUUAAUGCCACCCAGUCUGUACAGCUAUCAGUAACGCUAACUGCCUUACCAAUGGGCCUAGGCUCGAAUCCCCCAGAAUGCAUUCAUGUUUGUAAGCGUAUAGUGUCUGUGUGGCAUGGGGACAUUCAAAAUAUACGACAAAUCAAAUGUACUCUCAAAAGGUUGAUGACUGCAUCGGAAUAUGGACUAGAACUAAACAUUUGUCAAUUUUUGAAGCGCGAAAUCGAAUUUUUAGGACACAAAAUUAAAGAUGGGAAAUUAUAUCCUUCUUCUUCUAAAACGAAAGCAGUAAUUAACUCUCCAGAACCUAAAUGUGUAAAAGAUGUUCAAAGUUAUUUAGGUUUAACUGGUUACUUCAGAAAAUUUAUACCUAAUUAUUCAUUAAUUGCAAAACCGCUUAAUGAUUUACUGAAGAAAGAUUCUAAAUUUAAAUUCGAAACUAAAGAACUUUAUGCUUUUAACGAAUUGAAACGCAUAUUGACAUCAGAACCUGUUUUGUGUAUUUAUAAUCCGAAAGCAGAAACCGAAAUACACACUGAUGCUAGUGCUGACGGUUAUGGUGCGGUUCUGUUACAGAAAUCCUUAAUUGAUAUUCAGAUGCAUCCGGUUUAUUAUAUGAGUAGGAAAACGACAGACAUUGAACGUAAAUAUUCGAGCUACGAAUUAGAGGUUAAAGCAAUAGUAUCUCUUAAAAAAUUCAGGGUGUACGUAUUAGGCAUACCAUUUAAAAUCGUGACAGAUUGUAAUGCAUUCAAACAAACUAUGAGCAAGAAAGACAUUUGUACUAAAAUAUCUAGAUGGGCAUUAAUGUUACAAGAUUAUGAUUACACAAUCGAACACAGAUCUGGCACCCGUAUGGGACAUGUGGAUGCUCUUAGUCGAAAUCCUGUAUGUAUGGUAAUUCAAGAUGAGAAAAUUGAAAAAUGUAUCACAAAUUGUAUUACCUGUAUACUGGCCAACCGGAAAUCUGGAAAGAAGGAAGGAUUAUUACAUCCUUUACCUAAAGAAGAUAUUCCUCUAAACGCUUACCUCAUAGACCAUUUGGGACCUUUGGAGAGUUUUAACAAGAAUUAUAAAUACAUUUUCGCGGUUAUUGAUUCGGUUACAAAAUUUGUUUGGUUACAUCCAACUAAAACCACCUCUAGUAAAGAAGUAAUAGAUAAACUUGAAAUUCAAAAAUCAUUAUUUGGAAAUCCCUGCAAUAUAGUAGCUGACAGAGGUACUGCAUUUACUUCUCAAGAAUUUGCUUAUUAUUGUACUAAGGAAAAUAUUCAUCUAUCCUUAAUCACAACAGGAUUACCAAGAGCCAAUGGACAAGUAGAGCGGUUGAAUUCCACUAUCAUAUCAGUCAUUUCUAAGUUGGCUAUAGAUGACCCUACGAAAUGGUACAAACACGUAAAUGAUGUCCAGCAAAUAAAUAAUUCGACUUUUCAGAGGAGUAUCAAUUCGACACCUUUCGAGCUUUUGUUUGGUACGAAGAUAAAGACGAAUAAAGACAGGAAGAUUAAAGAACUAAUAGAAGUUGAAAUCCAGAAGGACUUUAUCGAGUCUAGAGAAAAUCUACGUAAAGAGGCGAAAGAGCAGAUUCGGAAGAUCCAGGAAGAGAAUCGAAAGACUUACAAUCGAAGUCGAAAACUCCCUCGUAAAUACAAGAUCAAUGAUAUGGUAGCUAUUAAACGCGCUCAACUAGGGCCAGGUAUAAAGCUAAAAUCCAAGUUUUUAGGUCCAUACAAAAUCACCAAGGUGAAACCUAAUGACACAUACGACGUGGAGAAG